AUGGCCGCAGCAUCCCCGACCCCUCUGUCGUCCUCUGGCUACGACAGCAGGAUGUCGCGCUCCACUUCUUCAAUGAGGCCAGCGGCUCUGCCUAGGCGCGAGUCGCCUAUCUCUAUCCUAGGACAAUCGCAUGGCUUUAGCGCGAAUGCGCCGAUGAUGCAGCGCAUCGACAUCGGUGACAGCUCCGAAGACGAGAUAGAGCAGCCCAUGAAGCUGAAUCCUUACACCCGAGCUCUGCUUGGUCAAGACGAGGUCGGAUCUCCCGAAAGACCGAUGAGAGGCGCGCCCAAGCUACGGAUAUCGAGAAACUCCUCCCUCUCAGGGACUCCCGGUCCUAUGCAAGAUACCAUAACUCCGGCACCAUCAUUGCGCAUCAAACGAGUGCCUCUGCGCGGUGCUCCCGUCCGGAGAUUGAGGAGAACACCCCAGAGCGAGGAGGAACAAAAUCAACAAUCGGAGAUGGACAUGGCUUCCGAAGUCCGUAGCCCUCAACACACAAGCGCUGGCAGCCCCAGCGCCGGUAGCCCACGCGUUGUGCGGAUCACUAGCCCGCGUAACUUGCGGAUGGGCAGCCCCUCCCAGGACCAGGAGAACCAGGCCGCUUCGAGUUUCAAGUCAAACUCGGAGAUGCCGGUUGACAAUGGAGAAAAGGUGGAUUCGAUGCUCAAAGAUUCGGUGAUGAAGGACUCGUCGAUGAAAGACUCGUUCCUGAAAGAUUCUAUGAUGAAACUCGACGCGCCUGCCAAAGCCCCUGCGGUGCAGCGUGAAAGCAAGCCGAUGCCGCUCGCGCCCGUUGAUGUCAACAAGCCGCUUCGUCCCGCGCCGCCUCCGCCGCCAAAAAUGUCUGUUUUGGACACGGCAACUGCAGUAGCUGGCGCUUCGACGGUGAAACAAAAGAAGCGGAGGAGGGCUUUCAUGGUCAACGGAAAGCCCUAUCAAGAAGUUGGGCGGAUAGGAAAGGGCGGUAGCUCCGAUGUCUAUCGCGUCAUGGCUGAGAAUGGAAAGCUGUUUGCACUGAAGAGGGUGAAGCUCGAAGACGCAGACGAAAAUGCCGUGAGGGGUUACAAGGGCGAGAUUGAGCUUUUGAGAAAACUAGAGGGCGUUGAGAGAGUCGUGAGACUUUUUGACUGGGAAGUCGACGAGGAAAAGCAAAUCCUCAGUGUGCUCAUGGACAUUGGCGAAUCCGACCUCGCCCGCAUAUUACGCAUGAGGAUCGACCCGGAGGACUCCCACCUGGACCUAUCGUUUACGCGCUUCUACUGGAAAGAGAUGCUUGAAUGCGUGCAAUCAGUGCACCAAUACGACAUUGUGCACUCGGAUCUCAAACCCGCCAAUUUCCUUCUCAUCCAAGGUGCGCUCAAGCUCAUCGACUUCGGAAUCGCCAAUGCCAUCGACGUCGAGCACACCGUCAAUGUGCACCGCGACUCGCAUGUCGGAACGCCGAAUUACAUGUCGCCGGAGUCACUACAAGACGCAAACGCAAGCGCGCGGCACGGCCCCAACGGCGACACGUCGCUUGGGCGCAUCAUGAAACUGGGCAAGCCUAGCGACGUCUGGAGUCUCGGGUGCAUCCUGUACCAAAUGGUAUAUGGGCGCCCGCCAUUCGCGCACAUCCCGAACCAGAUCCACCGGGUCAUGGCGAUCGUGAAUCCCAACGUGCAAAUCGAGUUUCCAUCGCACGGGCUAGGGGGCGUGCGCGUGCCGGCCGGCCUCAAAAAGACGCUUAAGCGCUGCUUGCAGCGUGACCCGGCGCGGCGUCCCACAAUCCCCGAGAUGCUGAGUGAGCGCGACGAAUUCCUGUGUCCGGACGCGGGCGACGACCUGCGCAUCCCGGAGCCGCUGCUCGCGCAGAUUAUCCAGCGCGUGGCGGACCGCUUCAGGGAUCCGAACAAGCCGAUGCCGACCGAGGACGAGAUCAGGCAGUACCCCGGCAGCUUCUACGCCAAGAUCCGCGACUUGCUGGAGGAGGCAUAA